AUGAAGUUUCGCAGACGCCCCGCGCCCUUAUUGCUUCUCCUUCUACCAUCUUUGGCAACAGCUCUCGCAGUCGGUGCUCAAGACAAUAACCAGGCCACACUUUCCAAAAAUUCACAACCUCGAGAUGCACGGAUAGAUCCCAUUCCAACCCCUGCGGUCGAUCUCAACACCAAGUCGAGGUACGAGAUAGGAACAAAAGAUGCGCCAGUAGAUGGAAAGGAUGGAAAACCACACGCCGGUCCCUUCGUUGGAGACAAAGACAUAAAGAAACCAAAGGUCGGUUCCGAGGAAGAAAAGACGCUGAAGGAAGAUAAGACAGAGCUCGUCACACCAGACGGAGAGAAGAUCCCACAGGUCAAUGAUGGAGUAAUGGACGACCCGAGUAGAGAGCCACCGAAACUAGGUACAACAGGCACAGAGGGGGGAGUCAGUGAAAAAGACAAGGUGCGCAAGGCUCAGGAAGGCCAGACCGGAGAGAAGUUAGAAAAACUGCCAAAUUCACCAAAGGAAGCUCCGCCUCUUCCUCAUAGCGAGCAAACAAAACUCGACGGUGAGAAGAUCAAGACGUCAAUUGACAAGGACAGCGAGGAUGGAGAAGGUCUUGCCGGACUCGAGAAACCAAAUGACCUUCCGAGCACGCCGAACAAUCUUCCUCUCCCACUACCAAAUUCCGCCAACAAGGACCAUCUCGACAUCUCAAAGCCGGACUCGAAAUCGAGCUCUAAGACUACUACGGCGGAAGACGAAGCCGCCGAAGGCCUUAUCCAACCUCUUCACUCAUUCGUCUUGUCUCUUACCAUGAUUCUGUUUUCAGAAAUUGGUGACAAGACAUUUUUGAUUGCGGCUCUUAUGGCCAUGAAGCACGACAGACUAUUGGUCUUUUCAGCGGCCUUUUCGGCUUUGAUCACUAUGACCGUACUUUCUGCAGUUUUGGGCCAUGCGGUUCCUACAUUGAUUCCAAAGAGGUUUACGAACUUUCUUGCAUGUGGACUCUUCCUUGUCUUUGGCGGACGACUGCUGAAAGAAGGUUUGGCAAUGAGCCCCGAAGAAGGUGUCGGAGCAGAAAUGAAAGAAGUUGAAAUGGAGCUGGAAGAGAAAGAACAUCUUGCCCGACAACAAGGCAGGAGAAGAUCGUCAAUUUCACCAUAUGCUUUGGAGAUGGGUUUGGGACGAACCAGCUCGAGGAAGUCAAGGUCAGGAUCUCGCAUGCCAUCACCACCACGAAGCCCGUCAUCUUCACCAGACCGCUCGCCUUCCCCUCCACGUUCAACAGUAAAGGGAGUCAUGGGUGGUUUGCACAACCUGCUUUCUCUGCUUCUCAGCCCUGCCUGGGUACAGACUUUCGUAAUGACAUUUUUAGGCGAAUGGGGCGAUCGAAGCCAGAUCGCUACCAUUGCUAUGGCUGCUGGUCAAGAUUACUGGUGGGUGACUGGCGGAGCAAUCAGUGGACAUGCUGUAUGUACGGGGAUUGCAGUCAUCGGAGGUCGAGCAAUUGCUGGUAAAGUCAGCUUGCGAGUUGUAACUUUGGGCGGCGCAAUUGCCUUCUUAGUUUUCGGAGUCAUUUAUCUCGCAGAGGCCGUCUACUACUCUUAG